CUAACGAAGAAGAAGAACCUUAGCAGGAGGAGGAAGAAGAAGAAGAAGUAGAAGAUGAUGAUGAUGAUAUUAAAAUAAAUAACAACGUAAAGGAUGAAAGCUGUUCGCUAAAUUGGAAAUCUAUUUAAAUACGUAGUACAUUAUGGAUUUAUUUUGUAUGCACACUGAAAACUACAUGAGGGAUCAAGGGCCAGUAUGUACAUGCUGUGAGUGAUUGGUAGAGCAAGAUGCCACUGCUCCUGCAAACGGGUCAUGGAGAAAGCGAUGAAACCAACAGGCUGCAGAGGGAAAAGCCCCCAACGAAAUUAUAUAAGAACUUUAUCGAACAGCAAAGAGCCAACUGUACAGAUCUCCGGCAAAGAGCACAGAGAUGUCGGUUUUGUGUUGGUGCAUGUGGGGGCCGGGUAUCAUUCCGAAUCCAAAGCCAAGGAGUAUAAACAUGUGUGCAAACGAGCCUGUCAGAAAGCCAUGGAGAGGUUGAGAGAUGGUGCUAUGGCAGUAGAGGCAGUGACUGCAGCUCUUAUAGAGCUAGAGGAUUCACCAUUCACCAAUGCUGGUACUGGCUCCAAUCUAAACCUGGUUGGGGAUAUUGAAUGCGAUGCCAGCAUCAUGGAGGGAAAAUCGUUAGAUUAUGGAGCAGUUGGUGCUCUAAGCGGAAUCAAGAAUCCGGUAUUGGUGGCUAGAGCACUUCUGAAUGAAGCACAAAAAGGGAAGCUUUCAGCUGGGAGGAUUCCUCCUUGUUUUUUAGCUGGAAUGGGAGCACAGCAGUGGGCAGUCAGUCAUGGUAUACCUCCAUGUCCUUCAGAGAAGAUGGCCACCAAAUUUAGUUUGUCUGCCUUCAAAAGGAAUAAACGAAAGAUGGAGAUGGCAGAGAAGAUGGAACCAGAACAUAACUCUUUUAAGAGGCGGCGACAGUCAAGUGGAACUCAGGUGAAUGAAAUGGUGGAUUUAGAGGAACCUGCCUCCUUGGACACGGUUGGAGCUGUUGUUGUGGAUCAGCAAGGGAAUGUUGCAGCUGCUGUCUCUAGUGGAGGUUUAGCUAUGAAACACCCAGGCCGAGUAGGCCAGGCUGCUCAGUACGGGUGUGGAUGUUGGGCUGAAAACGCCCGUGACGCUAGACCUUAUUCUACAGCCGUGAGUACCUCAGGAUGUGGGGAGCAUCUGAUGCGCACCAUGUUAGCUAGAGAGUGCUCCACAGCUAUGCAGGCUGACAACGCUCAUCAGGCUCUCCUGGAUGCUAUGCAAAACAAGUUUAUUGGCUCACCAUUUCUGGCCAGGGAGGAUGGUGUUCUGGGUGGCAUCAUUGUUCUGAGAUGCUGUAGAUGUGGAGAGGACCACAGCUCUGGCAACUUGCAGGCCUUACUGGUUGAGUUUCUGUGGACUCAUACUACGGAGAGUAUGUGUGUGGGUUACAUGUCUGCAAACGACAGGAAAGCUAGGGCUCAUAUAUCUAGACUGCCUCCUGGGGCUGUGGCAGGACAGUCACUUGCGAUUGAAGGUGGAGUGUGUCGACUUGGGGGUGUUGAGUGACUAAACAGAGUAAAUUGCUUGUUUGGGAUUUUUUUUUUCUUGUGUUUUUUUUUUUUUUUUUUUUUAAAUAGCAAUAUGCCUAUGCUAAAGUCUAUGCUAAUGACAAGUUUGGAGAUUAUUCAAGUAAGCAACGAAAGGAAUACAUUUAUAAAUCAAGGUAGCUUGAUCUUACUCUUACAUUAGUAUCCUUUAAAUAACGAGAUAUACAGGCAGAUAUAUUAGUCAGAUCAUUGUGUGUGUGUGGGUGUGUGUGUGUGUGUGUGUGUGUGAGACACCGAAUCAGACAUAACAUUAAAACCACCGAGUGGAUAUAUUAGACAGAAUGUGAAAAAUCGGUUCUAUAUGUUGGUGUGUUGGAAGCAGGAAAAUGGGAAGAGUUAGAAGAGUAAUCUGAGAGUAAGGUCAAAUUGUCAUGGCAAGAUUGUUGGGUCAUCUCCAAAACAGCAAGCCUUGUGCGGUGUCCAAAGACAGACAACCGGUGAUCCAGCUGCAGGGUUAUGAGCCCUCAAGGCUUUCUGACAUGCAUGAGGAGCAAAGGGUAUCCCAGCUUGUCCAAUCCUUUAGAAGAACAACUAAAGCAGAUAUUCCUGAAAGAGAAUAAUUCUGGCUAUGAUAAAAGGUAUCAGAAGGCACCGUGCAGUCAGGGCGCCCAUGCAGACCCCUGCCCACUGGUGAAAGCAUCGACAAUGGGCAUGCGAGCAUCAGAAUUGGACAGAGGAAGGAGCAAUGGAAGAAGGUGACCUGGACCUGACGAAUCAUGUUUUUGUGUUUUGUUCAGUAUGCUGUCGGUAAUAUUCUACUGGGAAACCUUGGGUCCUGGUAUUCCUGAUGCACAAUAAUGCACCAUUCCAAACUGCAAAAAAUGUUCAGAAAUGAUUUGAGUAACAUGAGAGAGAGAGUUUACAGUUUUGAUUUUGGCCUUUAUAUUCCCCAAAUCUAGCAUCUCUGAAAUGUGCUGCACAAAGUGUGAUCCAAGGAAGCUCCAAUUUGCAGCUCCAAGUUAUAUACUGCUUACCUUAUGGUGCCAGGUACUGCAGCAUAUUUUCAGGUGUUUAUGCCUCAGUGGAGUCCAUGCCAGAUGGACUUUAUGGAGGCAGAGCCAUUUCGGUGUCACAAGGUGGACCUUGGUUAAUGUUACAGCCGAUCGGCGUAAAUAAGUACGAAUUAAAGCUGUUUAUUUUGGGAUCAUGCAAGCAACACGAAGGCACACAUGAUUUAAUCAUCAAAAAGCCUUCCACAAGCAAUUGGGCUAUUGCAGUUGUUUUGCACAGAUAUUAUAGAUGAUUUUCAGCUAAUAUGUAUUGUAAAGUCCAUAUUUAAAUCAAUUUGCUUUGCCCCUUCAUGAAAUAAAAUGUUUACAACGAACCAUACAGCAUCUUGACCAAAUCUUGUCCUGAAUAUUACAAAAUGCUUUUGUGGUAUCUUUGUAUUGUUAUGAACUUUGAUCAUUUGAAAAGAAUCUAUGGACUAUAAAUGCACCUUAGGCUACUACAUGUCUGUAGUUUUCUGUACUGACUGUCUGGGAAUGGUCUAUAAAGAUCACUGCGUACAGAAUUAAAUGGUUAUAUUUUGUUUAUUAGUCCUUAUUGCUGUUGCACAAAUUAGAUUUUGGAAGUGAUAUUAUUAUUAUUUGGAAGUGUUCUAAUAUUCUUAUUGCAGUUUUUGCUGUGAGUAUAAAUUGUCCCAUAUGUGUUGUUGGGCAGAGAGAUAUACUCUAAUAUUCUGAUUGCUCUAGAAAUUAAAAUUGCACUAUUUUAUUGAAUUAAACCUGGCUAUAUAUAUCAGAUCAUUAGAAUAUAUACACACUUUCACAUGUAUUUUUGUGCAGGCAAAUUUUCUUUACAUAUCAGAAAAUAAUUGUUUAAUCUAAGGAGAUUUAAUGUAAUGGUAAUUAUAUCUUAUUAUAAGGAUGUCGUUAUCCAUCAUUAACAGUAUUUAUUCAUUUCCAUUUCCAGUUAUGUUUUUCAGCCACUUCAUAUAGCCUUGUGAAGCUUGAAGAAAGAAAUCUGUAAGAUUUUUUUUUUCUCUCCAGAAUUACAAGUCUCUUUAUCCUUGUUGUUUUCUAUUAUUAAUGUGCACUUGCUUGUUUGGUUCAGUGAAAAAUUGAAAUAAAUUUCAGCUUACACAAAUUUGAAAUUGUCCUACAAUUGAAUUGGAGGUUAAGUUUUUAUUUUAUUUAUGUGUUAUGUCUUUAUCAGAAGGAAUGCUAUACAGAACACCAAAAUGAAUCAUUGGUUAAACAGUUUAGUGUUUCAUUCUCUAUUACUGCGAUAUGGAAAUAAGGAAAUGUUAACAUUUACUAUCAUCUUCAAAUGUAUUAAAUAACAGUGGCUCCUGACUCCUGAGUGUUGAACUGAAAUAAAUAAAUGAGUAUCAUCUUA